GCCUAUAUGCUUGUCCUUACAUUUUGAUUGAAGGAGGACACCGGAGGAGGGGAGGAGCCGAGGCCCUGGGUUGCUGCUGCACCGGCUGCCAUGGGCUCUGUUGGAAGCCAGAGCCUCAAGGAGCCCAGCAUGGCGGGCACGCCAGACAGGAGCGUGGUGAUGAGCUUCAGCUUCGACAGUUACCAGCUGGAGGAGGCGGCGGCGGCGGCAGAGGCAGCUCAGGGCCAGGGCAUCGGGGCCAGGGCUGUCCCAGCUUUCGUGGACUCUGCGGUAGAGGAGCUGGUGCCUGACGACCGCUACCACGCGAUCUACUUUGCCAUGCUGCUGGCUGGCGUGGGCUUCCUGCUGCCGUACAACAGCUUCAUCACUGACGUGGACUACCUGCACCACAAGUACCCAGGAACCUCAAUUGUGUUUGAUAUGAGCCUCACAUACAUCUUGGUGGCGCUGGUGGCUGUGCUGCUGAACAAUGUCCUGGUGGAGAGACUGAGCCUGCACACCAGGAUCACCACAGGCUACCUCUUGGCCUUGGGUCCCCUCCUCUUUAUCAGCAUCUGUGAUGUGUGGCUGCAGCUCUUCUCUCAUGACCAGGCUUAUGCCAUCAACCUGGCUGCUGUGGGCACCGUGGCCUUCGGCUGCACAGUGCAGCAAUCCAGCUUCUAUGGGUACACGGGGAUGCUGCCCAAGAGGUACACGCAGGGGGUGAUGACCGGGGAGAGCACAGCGGGGGUGAUGGUCUCCCUGAGCCGCAUCCUCACCAAGCUGCUGCUGCCGGACGAGCGCGCCAGCACGCUCAUCUUCUUCCUGGUCUCCGUGGGUCUGGAGCUGCUCUGCUUCCUGCUGCACCUGCUGGUGCGGCGCAGCCGCUUCGUGCUCUACUACACCACGCGGCCCCGCGACAGCCGCCGGAGCUGCCUGGGCCGGGGCGCCGGCUACCGCGUGCACCACGAUGUCGCCGCGGGGGACAUCCACUUCGAACACCAAGCCCCAGCCCUGGCCAACAGCGGGUCCCCGAAGGACAGUCCAGCCCACGAAGUGACCAGCGGCAGCGGGAGGGCCUAUGUGCGCUUUGACGUGCCUCCGCUGAGAGUCAAGCGGAGCUGGCCCACCUUCAGAGCCCUGCUGAUGCACCGCUACGUGGUGGCGCGGGUCAUCUGGGCCGACAUGCUGUCCAUUGCUGUGACCUACUUCAUCACGCUGUGCCUCUUCCCCGGCCUCGAGUCUGAGAUCCGCCACUGCAUUCUGGGCGAGUGGCUGCCCAUCCUCAUCAUGGCUGUGUUCAACCUCUCAGACUUCGUGGGCAAGAUCCUGGCGGCCCUGCCCGUGGACUGGCGGGGCACCCACCUGCUGGCCUGCUCCUGCCUGCGUGUGGUCUUCAUCCCCCUCUUCAUCCUGUGCGUCUACCCCAGCGGCACUCCCGCCCUCCGCCACCCCGCCUGGCCCUGCAUCUUCUCCCUGCUCAUGGGCAUCAGCAACGGCUACUGCGGCAGUGUGCCCAUGAUCCUGGCGGCAGGCAAAGUGAGCCCCAAGCAGCGGGAGCUGGCGGGGAACACCAUGACUGUGUCCUACAUGUCAGGGCUGACGCUGGGCUCUGCCGUGGCCUACUUCACCUACAGCCUCAGCCGGGACGCCCACAGCAGCUGCCUCUACACCCCUGCCACCAAUGGCUCCGUCCCCACUGGCCUCUAA